AGGUCGACAAACAUGCUGACUUCCCGUUGUUAAAAAAAUUGGCGCAUCUGUUAGAGAAGUGUAAAAAGAAAUCGCAUUUGAACGUGAACAUUUUUUGACAAAACUUAAAAACAAAAUCAACAAAAUGCCAAAAGAACUACAGAAAGAAAGAGCACUACUUUUGGAAAAGGUUUCAGACUUUAAAGAAAAAUUCAAAACAGAUGGAGACCACCUGGUUCAAGAUGUCUUCCCAAAUAAAAUCAUAGAGCUUGAAGAAUUGUUUCAGACGAUGUGCUUGUCCAAAGUUUCAGAUAUGCAUUGUGACCUAAAUGUUCCUGUGCCCGAUCCUGUAUUAUUUAACAACGACAAUGACUCUGGAGAGCCACAGUCAAAGAAACGCAAAGCAGAUCACACAAACAGUGAAAACAAUAUCUCAGGCACGCCUGUGAUGGUGUUACCUAAUGGCUUGGUUCCAUGUAAUAAGAAAAUUGUAGUAUUGUCAGAAAGGAUGAAGCCCCUUAUAUGGGAACUUAUUGACCACGCAAAUCUGUUAAAAAUGUGGAUAGCAUUCUUGAUACCUAAGAUAGAAGAUGGCAACAACUUUGGGGUAUCCAUCCAGGAGGAUACGAUGGGAGAAGCCAGACAAGUUGAGAGUGAGGCUGCGUCAUACUUAGAACAAGUCUCACGUUACUUCAUCACACGGGCCAAACUGGUGUCAAAGGUCGCCAAAUACCCACACAUCGGCGACUAUAGACAAGCGGUAAAGGAACUGGAUGAGAAGGGAUUCAUCAGUCUCCGUCUCAUCUGCUGUGAACUGAGAAAUCACUAUGCUAGUCUACAUGAUCUUGUGUUGAAAAAUAUGGACAAAAUCAAGAAGCCAAGAAAUGCAAAUGCCCAAAGCUUGUACUAAGAUAACAUUAAGGAAUCUGACGUGUAAACUUCGUGCUGGACAUGAUAUCUCUCGACGGGAUAUGAUAUCACAAUACAGUUCAAUUUGAUGUAAGGUACCAACAUCUGAUCAAACUGUGGUGGAAGAUCACUUUAUCUACGUGAGAUGAUUCUGUCGUUCUGAAAAUAACAUCAUUUUGGAAAUACAUCUAAAUUUAUCAUGCUCUCUGUGUCCUGGAAUGUGAAAGAAAUUCUUCAGAAGUAUGGCCAUAAGAAUGUUUCAUCUUUCUGAAAAUCAAACUUGAUUUGUUAAUGGAUUAACCAUUCGGUGUAAAAGUCAUUGAUUGAGAAAGAGAUGUCUCAAUCUUUUGGAUUGAACUGUUUGAAUGUUUUGUCACAUGUACACUACAGCAGAGGAGAGAAUCUGAGGAUAUGAAGAAUUUAGUCAUUAAUCAAAAUGGUAUUGGGCUGAAUUUAACCGAGAUAUUUUCUUACCAGAUAUAAUUUUUGAGAAUAGAGAAAUGUUACCCAUUUCGUUGUAAUUAUUGGACAGCAUUCAUAUAUCAACCUUUGGAAAAAAAUAGUCUACUCGAUCUUCAUACGGUUUUUGACUCUGUAAGGGCGCCUGGCCUUAUAAAAAUCUCAUUCCUGGCAGAAGAAUGAUAUAAAAUAAGUAUACUUGAUUUAAAUUUUGGACCCAAUUUCUCGAAGAAAAAAAAUUCAAAAUCAAAAUGUCAAUUUUUCCAUUAAGUAUCUUUAAGUAUCUUUUCUGUAGAUAUUAAAAUUUGAUGCACAGAUAUUUAUAUAUGAUAUUUCUUCACUUCAUCUUGAUUUGUAGGUCUCAAGAUUUAUUGGAACUUAUAAAUUAAAUGGCCUGAGUUUGAACACAAAACAGUAAUUUUUAUAAUUUCAAAAUUCUUAGGAUUAAUUUUUUUGAAUUCAAAUAUCUUUACAUGUAUUAGAGUCAAAGAAUAUUUACAAACACUGGUAGAGUGUAUAUAAAAAGAACAACAAAUCAAACAUCUUUUCUUCUAUAGUUAAUUUGUAAGUAAAGAUGCACAAUAACGAGUUAAACUCAGAAUCUUACUUCUGGAGAUUUCAUUUUUGAAUACGCAAUUAUGUUUUUGUUCUUACUGUAGUAUAAUGUUGACUGUGUUACACAUACCAAGUUACUUAUACAAAGAAUGAAGUUUUAAAGUUUUAAUUUCAUUCCAUAACGUAAUUCCUCAAUCUUUGAUAUUGUGAACAAGAUGUGAUUGUCUAUGAAUCAUUUUCCUUAAUAUACAAUGUAUAUACUCUGCAAUACAAUGAUUAUAGUGGAAAUUUGUGUAUACAGUGAAUUAUCUUGUAACUGCUGUACAGAAGUUCAUGUUGUCACCAUAAAAAGGAAAAUUCCUUCAAUACAUUCUUUCGUAUGAAAUAGAAAGUCUCAUAGGAUCUAGGAGGGUAUCAUAUGUUGUGACCAUUUUUUUUUUUAAAUUCUUCACUUGUCCAUAAAAUUCUUCAUGCACUGCAUGUAUCAGUCGCAGAAUUUUAAAAAGAUAAAGAAAAGAAACAAAUUAAAUGAAAAAAAAAUACACAACAGUAAAUUUUAUGCUGUGACUGAUCACAUCUUGAUUUCUAAAAUGAUAAUUGAUACAAGAUUUGCUGAAAGGAGUUGAUUCUUAUUAAUAUGACACUAAUUCAUAAUUCUCAGUAUCAAUCAGGCGUAGAAGAUGGAGUGGUGCUUCUUCUUUGUGCCCUGUAAUCCAUUGUUGUUUUAUUGUUACAUUAUCAAGGUUCCACUAAUCUAUACAUUGUUUUUGAUAUCUGGUUUUUUUUGGAUAUCUAGUAUAUUGGAUAUAUGAUUAUUUUGGAUCUUUUGGAUUUAGUUUUUUUUGGAUAUCUAGUAUUUUGGAUAUCUGGUAUCUUGGAUAUAGGGUUCUUUUGGAUAUCUAGUCUUCUCAAUAACUAAAGAUUUUGUCUUUUAUAGUUGUUACAAAAAUAUAAAAUUCCAAACAAGUAGAACUUCUCCCAUGGGUAUAAUAGCUGUAUACAAUAUAUUGCUGUGUUAACAGAAAAUGGUGCUUCUGAGAAGUAAUUCUCUGAUUUUGUGUACGAUAAAAACUUAUAUUACAAUGUGUAACUGUCUUCUAGAAACGAAAAAGAUACUGUAUUUCAUCAGAGGAAUAGUCUUUACCACUGUACAAUUGUGAUUGAAAAAAAAACCUGUAUCAGGUAAUUUAGAGAUUUUCAUUAUUAGCAAAUAACUUAAUUGUAAAAUCUUAUAUUUAUAUUAAUAUGUACUUUUAUUUAAAUUAUGUACAUACAUAUCAUUAACAAGACAGAAGAAUGAAAUUAUUACAUCAACAAAAAAAAGUGAAAAAAUUCCAGAAUUCUAAUACUAAAGAAAAACUUGUUGAGUAUUGUAACAAAUUUGGUAGGUAUUCUGUUUUAGUUUUGAAAAAAAAUACAGUUCAACAUUGUUCAUGUUGUAAAAACUUUUCAUUUUAUCUUUUAAAUGAUAAAGAUUCCACCUGAUUCAAGUUACUUUAAGUCGUUGUAUUUGUUUCUGAUCUGUAUCCCAAGCCACACCUGAUAGAAUAUCUUUUUAACACACCUUAAAGUUUUUACAAAGUAUUCUAAUAGCAUUGUACAUAUACCACAUGUAAAUUAAACAUAUUUUGUAAAUUCAUUGAUUUGGUAAAUAAGGUAGUGGUGUUUGUGACAUAGGAUAGGCCAUCAUCAUCAAUCUUAUCCGAUACUGUAGAAAGUUAAUAUUUUUAAGUGUCAGAUUCUGUUUCGACUACUUCCAGGGAUACAAUUUGUAAAAAAAAAAAAAUACUUUGAGAGCAAAAAUUCUUAUCUCAUGCAGCUAAUUUACCCUUAAAUUUAUGCUUGGAAGAAAAUCCAAUUUCAUUCAAUGUCUUAUUAUUAGUUUAAAUAUCAGUAUUGUUUAAUUUUUUGUGGAUGCUUUCUUAAAAGAUUUCAUAAUUACUCUUCAUGCUAUUGUUUAGAGACUUUUGAAAUCAAAAUGAAUUUAAAGUAAUUCUAGUUCAUUGUAGUUUUAGACAAAUAUAUUUCUAGAUUUGGUGAUUUUCUUGAGAACAUGUUACACACUUUGAUCUACAUCUGUGGCAUAUUAUUUCUUUGUAAAAUUGUUGAUGAAAGGGGAUAUUUUUCAUUAUAUGUAAAACUGACUUAUAAUACAAUACAUUUGUGUUCACUUGCAUUGAUAUUGAAGAAAACUUAAAUUGUUAAGAAAAAGAUGAAAACAUUAUUUUGAUUGGUCAGAAAAGUUUGUUUGCAUUCUGAUUGGUCAAUUCUGACUCUGGUUGAAGUUUGAGAAAGUGCUGAAUGUGUUAUAUGGCGUACAUGUAUGUAAGGUAAUGGAAAAUAAAAAUUACUGUUCUCCUGA